GCCGGCCCGCUGAGGCCGCGUUGAUAGGUGGGGGCGACUCUGCCAGGCGCCGGGGCAGGAAGGGAGGCGGCCGCUGUGCCAUUCUUAAAGGGCCCCCGAGUGAAGGCGACAGGCUGCUGACGGCCGGAAGGAAAAUGAGUGAGUCUUUGGUGGUUUGUGAUGUUGCCGAAGAUUUAGUGGAAAAGCUGAGAAAAUUUCGUUUUCGCAAAGAAACGAACAAUGCUGCCAUUAUAAUGAAGAUUGACAAGGAUAAACGCCUGGUGGUGCUGGAUGAAGAGCUUGAGGGUAUUUCACCAGAUGAACUUAAAGAUGAGCUACCUGAACGACAACCUCGCUUCAUUGUGUAUAGUUAUAAAUAUCAACAUGAUGAUGGAAGAGUUUCAUAUCCUCUGUGCUUUAUUUUCUCCAGUCCUGUUGGAUGUAAGCCUGAACAACAGAUGAUGUAUGCUGGGAGUAAGAAUAAGCUAGUCCAAACAGCUGAACUUACCAAGGUAUUUGAAAUAAGAAAUACUGAAGACCUAACUGAAGAAUGGUUACGUGAGAAACUUGGAUUUUUCCACUAAUGUGAACUUCUGUGUUUCUAAAGUAUUUAUGUAUUAACCUGACCAUACUGGAACCAGACAUAAAUACUUAUUUAUGCCUAAAAAUGCACUGUUACUUACAAGUUUGUUUCCUGCAGUAAAGAAAAAUCGUUCAUUUGUGCAAAGUUCGAACAAAAAGGAAAUCAUCUUCAUAGUAAUGAAACUUUGUAAAAUGUUUCCUUAUAUUUGUAAUUGUUAGGUGGACUACUUUUCUCCAGGGACUUUUUGCACUCUUGUGACUAAUUUCUAUAACUUAUGGUUCAGAAUUUGUUACUCUUUACAGACACCAUUGGAGAGUGGAUAUUAGAUUGUGAGAGACAACAGCUGCCUCCUUUUGACAAAUACUGGAUAUUAGCAGUUUAUGUAUGAAAAUAGCAUAUUAUCACUUGUCAAAUCAUUGAAAUUAAUUUGGGGUCAAAGACUUGAGUGACCCAGUAUUGAGCCAUGAAUAAUUUACUGUAGUGUAAUUUGCACUACAAGUACAUUGUUCAUCAGUUCUGUAUCUUUGCUUUUUAAUCAAGUCUAGAAACUGUUCAUCAAUCACUCAUUCUUAAGAUCUGGGAGUUAGAUUUUAUGGCAGAAUUAUGACUGUUAGGUUUUCUUCUUGUGGAAAUUAGCAUCUUAGUCUUAGAAAUUGGUGGGUGGUAGUAAUCAAGGGCUUCAUUCCUGGUUAUGUCAUUUCUAGAUAGUUUUGAAUCUAGGUUAAUAACACUUUAUUUAUAAAGCACGUCCCACUGUCCUGUGAACACUAAUUAUUUUAAAUGUGUUAAUACUGUGCCUUUGAUUUGUUAGCUUUAAAGUUAGUUUAAGACUUUUACACUGCCAGUAUUCCAGAUUUGGUGAAAUUAAUACUUUUUUAAAGAGUCCAAGUAAAACGAUUUUCUAAUGUGUAUAUCUGAAAUUUGUAAUAAAAUCAACUUCAUAGUUUAAAAUUCCAA